GGUAUCGGAAGUGAUAGGGAAAAGCUGCUGUCCGGUUUCCGGUGCUCGGUGGGGACAAGAUGGCGACGCCCGAGUUACUGCUGGAUUCCAGCAUUCGCCUGUGGGUGGUGCUGCCCAUCGUCUUUAUCACCUUCUACAGCGGGCUCCUCCGCCACCAUGUCACCCGUCUGCUACAGGGGGAGAAGAAGACCGAGCUGGAGCCGCUCAGCGACAGUCAGGUGCUGAUAAGAAGCCGCAUCCUCCGGGAACAUGGCAAAUACAUCCCUCGACAGUCCUUUCUCAUGAGGAAGUUAUAUUUUAAUGACGGUGAAACUGGCUUUUUUAAGAAAACCAAAAGGAAAGUAACUCCCAAGAACCCAAUGACUGACCCCACAAUGAUGACAGACAUGAUGAAGGGUAAUUUGACCAAUGUUUUACCUAUGAUCGUCAUUGGAGGUUGGAUCAACUGGGCUUUCUCUGGCUUUCUCACAACCAAAGUUCCAUUUCCCUUAACAUUACGAUUCAAGCCAAUGUUGCAGCGUGGGAUUGAGCUGGUCUCUCUGGAUGCUUCUUGGGUCAGUUCUGCAUCCUGGUAUUUUCUCAAUGUAUUUGGUUUGCGUAGUAUGUACACGCUCAUUUUGGGACAGGACAAUGCUGCUGAUCAAAGUCGGAUUAUGCAGGACCAGAUGACUGGAGCAGCCAUGUCUGCGCCCCAGGAUCCUAAUAAAGCUUUCAAAGCUGAAUGGGAAGCCAUGGAGAUAACGGAGCAUCAGUGGGCCUUGGAGAAUGUGGAGGAAGAGCUGAUUUCUAAGGACUUGACCUUGGACUACAGCCAGUGAUUACGCCGCACAGCCAAAAGAUUCUUUUUCCAGAGUAUUUUUCUUACGGACUAGUGCCAUAUGUGAAUAAAUAUUUUAUAAGCUAUGAGCUGCUGCUCUUAUUUGUUCCAGAGCAAUCCACUAUUAAGUAUUUCAAAGCAAAUCUCAAUGGACUCUCAUAAACCCCCCCAUCUCAUUCAGGCAAUGGAGAUUUCUUUUUGGUGAACUAAAGCCAGACCAAGGGACAGAAGAAGCUGGUUGAGGAACCAAAGGUUAAAAGGCUUCGGAAUGUGUCUCUCAAUAAACAAAAUAAUUAACUUGCCACUAAGGCAAGAAGGGUGGCGCAGGUCUUCUAGGGAGAUCCUGGGAAUGCAGUGGAUCCCAACUCUUGCAUCUUCUUUAGAGAUUUGGCUUGAUUUCAUACAACUGCAGUCUUGGUGUUGACACCUUAAUAAAUUGUAAUUCUCUGUA